AUGGUGGCUCCCGGUGAAGACCAUGUCUCCGACUCUUCUGGGAAAUGCUCUAGAAAUACUAAACCGAGGAUGAAAGAUUUGACAGAUAUUCAUGAGAAGGUGGAUCAACCUUUCAUCAAGGCGAGAGAGUUGAGGCGUGACGAAAUAUCUCAGAGGAAAAGAGGUGAAGAUGGAAAGCUCGCAGCUUAUCAACAGAAACAGCGCCGAGUUCAGCAAGCAAGACUAGCAGUGGAUGGAGUUCGAUCUCAUGAUGAUGGUGUAGCUUUCGAUUCAGAUGCAUACGAGGUUGAGUCUUCCUGGAAAUAUAUUGAGCAUAAGAUUAAGCCAUAUUCACCUGGCAUGAGGUAUGAACGGUUGGCCAAGGCUGAUCUCCGAGCCGAAUGUGAAGAAAAUGAAUAUUUAGAUGCAAUGUAUGAUGAUCCUGAAGACCAAUUAGAAGAAGUUCUCGGUAAAUAUUCUGACAAUGACUCAGAGGAAGAGCUUGAAGAAGAUUCCAUGGAGAAUGAUGAUCGUGAAGACGAUGAUGAAUCUAAUGAAUCUGAUGAUUAA